CGGCGACCGCAGAACCACCAUGAACGUGCCGGAGGGCACCCCAAUGGACACGAGCGUGUCGGCGGUGGAGCAAGCCCGCUGCCUGCCGCCUGGCAAGCUGCGCCAGGAGUACUUGGACCUCCUCCAGCUGCUCGGUCACGGCCGCUUCCAGCUCAGGGUCCUCUUCUGCGCCCACCUGUCCCUCGUCAUGUUGCUGUUCCACAACUGGUCUGCGCACGUGCUGACGCAACCCGUGGACCACUGGUGCAAGCCGCCCGCGCUGUUCGCCCACCUGACGCGCGACCAGUGGCUCAACGUAAGCGUACCAGUUGUGGAGGACUCGCACGGCAACCGGCACCACAGCCAGUGCGCCAUGUACGAUCUCAGCACCAUCGUGUUCAACGGCUCCCGCUUGGAGGUGCCCUGCGACGCAUGGGACUACGACCUGCCACCCGACAGCAACACCAUGGUCUCCAAGUGGGACCUGGUGUGCGAGCGAGCGCCGUACGUGCUGAUGACGUACGCCUACUACACGGCCGGCGGCGUGCUGGGCGCUCCGCUGGUGGGACAGCUGGCGGACCGCGCUGGCCGUCGGCCCGUGGUGUUCGGCGCGCUGCUGCUUUCCAUGCUGUCGGUGUUCACGGCGACGGCCGCCGACUCUUUCACCGCCUUCGUGGCAGCUCACGCGCUCGUCGCCCUGUCCGCGACCGUCGUCCACAUGCUCACGUCCAUCCAGCUGUUCGAGAGCUCGUCGUCGGCCUACCGGACGCUCUACAUCGCGGCAGCGGAGACGGGCGCUCCGCUCAUGCACGCCGCCUCGCUGUGCCCGUGGCUGCAGCGCAUGGACCUGCGCUUCACGCGGAUCACGCUCGUCAUGAGCAUGAUCGUGCUGUCGCUCGCCUUCCACGCGGUGGCCGAGUCACCCCGCUGGCUGCUCGCUAUGGGCCACUACGACGCCCUGACCGCCGCGCUGGCACGGCUCGCCCACGAGAACGGCGUCGAGCUCGGCGACGUCUGGCGCUUGGUGCACUACGCCGAGGUCGUCAAGCCCCUGCAGGAAGGCAUGCCAUUUCGGCUCUCCGACGUGCUGCUGCUUCCGGAGCUGCGUGCCCGCACGGUGGCGUUGUCGGUGGUGUGGUUUUGGUGCUUCUUCACCGAGUACUCGAUUGCCCCACUGCGACCUAGAUCGACGCCAGGCACGUUGCAUCUGAUGCUCGUGUUCCUGCUGCUGGUGCCCGUGUACGCCACGGGCUACCCCCUGGUCACCAGGUGGCCCCGCUGCGCCAGCCUCCACAUGGCUCUGAUGGUGGCGUCAGCGGUCGCGGCCACAACUGGCGCCGCCGUCUACUACGAGAACACGCUUAUCGCCGAGCCCCUGGUGGACCUGCUGUUAGCCGUGAUCCAGCUGUGCUUGCUGGUGGCCAAGCUGCAGACGUACGAGUGCUUCCCGAGCGCCGUCAGGGCCACGGCUGUGCACACGGCGGCCGCCGCGGGAUGCCUCGGCCAGGGUGCGGCCCAGUUCCUGGUGGACGCCGCGCAGGUCGCCCACGCCACCUCGGCCCUCGUGGCUAUGGCCGUUGGCCUGCUGGUCUGCGGGCUGGCCGUCCGCUGGCUGCCCGAGACCAAGGACGUCGAGCUGCCCGAAGUGCAGAAGGAAGUGCUCGCGCAGGGAAUACAGCAGCGGGCGUCGUCGCCAUCCAAGGAGCCAAUGCUCCCGGCCAAGAGCGUCGACAGCAUGCCGCCGUGCACAAGCCACCAGGCCACCUCAACAGCCGACAUCGACGCUGCAAGGAAAUAAGGCGCGCGGGGAACGUUUGCGGGCGAGUGUGGUCGUUCUCCCUUGGGUCACGGCAAUGUCACAUCAGAGGCUACGCACAAUCAGCUCUGUGGUAUUUGCCCAGGACCCAAAAAAUACUACCACGACCCCUUGUGCGCGUACUCCGCGCCGAUUAUUUAAUUAUUAAUUUAUGUUUUCGUGUGUUCCUUUCCUUCUGAAAUCUGUGUACCGAAUCGCGCUUCGUCCGUCGAAGUUCUGGUAAUACAGACGCACGCAAAUUACCACACCGGUGCUUCCUAGCGUUAACCAGCACGCAGUGGACCCAGUGAGUGCUUGCUGGAAAAAAAAAACAAUUACUAAUUCGCAAGUGUGUUUGUCAAAUUUCGUUUAAUUUUGCCACAGAAACACUUCAUGCUGCAUUAUCUUGCGUAAAGUAUUGACAGAGCGCGCGCUUCUUCAUCAAGCACCCCUCAUUUCACCACGUGCUUCUGUGGAAGAACAGUUGUCUCGCCUGUGUUGCACAUCGAUACCUUCCGAUAUCAAAUUGCGAACUUUACGACUUCACGUUUUAUUCUCGUU